CGUCGUAAAGGUAUUUCUAAAAUGAAAAUGAUGUUGGAGUCGAUGGAGUCAAUGGUCGCGUCAGAUUUGGCGAUGGCGUCAGUAUCUUUAGACAUGGUGGACUUGACCUUGAUAUUCUUGGACUUGGCCUUGAUGUAUUUCUUAUUCGCUGCAGUGUCAUCUGAAUGUAUUCAGUCCAAAAUUCUAAAGAAUCUCUUAAUCGCGGCCUUCGCUCCCUUGAAGAGACAGCGCCAUGGAUAG